GCAUCUUGAUGCGAAGUCUAUUUCGGCUUUUGUUAAAGAUUGAAUAUCGACCGCUCAGUGCAAUCGAUCAAGGGAAAGAUGGUAUGUUCCAGGUUGCGUGUUGAGGAGUAUUGAAAUGCAACGUUUCAACAAGAUCACGCACAGCACCAAACCGACCGAUCAUGUAUUUCAGGAUAUUCCUAUCAUCGACCUUCAAAAUGCUACAAGUGAACAUUUCUCCCUAAGGCGUGCGCUAGCAAAUGAAAUUCGAGAUGCAUGUAUCAACGUCGGGUUUUUCUAUAUCAAGAACCACGGUAUACCCGAGAAUAUCAUUGAAGCUACACUAAGUUCAGCAAAGAAUUUUUUUGAUCUCCCUAUCUCUGCAAAGACGGAGCUGGACAUACAUAAAAGCUCCAAUUUCAAAGGCUACACAGCUCUGCUCGGUGAAAACACCGACCCAGAAAACAGAGGAGAUUUACAUGAGGGUUUCGAUAUAGGUUGGGAAGCGCCGAACGGUUCACAGCUGGCUCAUCGGGACGAUGGAGCUAUGGCAGGGAGUAAUGUCUGGCCUGACGAUCUACCCGGAUUCCGUGAAAAUUUGUUAACAUACUAUCAUGCCGUCGUACGCCUUGGCCAGUCACUGUUUCCUUUAUUCGCGCUCGCUUUAGACCUUCCAGAGACGUUCUUUGACGACAAGACGACGAAGCCUGCUGCGAUACUGCGAGUAUUACACUAUCCCCCACAGCCUUCUCGAGAGCUUGAUCGUAUCAUCGGGAUCGGCGCGCAUACAGACUACGAGUGCUUCACUAUCCUGUGGCAAGAUCAAGUCCAAGCGCUACAGGUUAUGAAUGCCGAAGGGAAAUGGAUUGACGCUACCCCGAUACCUGGUACAUUUGUCCUCAAUCUGGGUGAUCAAUUCGCUCGUUGGACCAACGAUGUGUUCAAAUCUACAGUUCAUCGCGCAAUCAACGCUUCGGGCACCGAACGAUACUCCAUCCCGCUUUUCUUUGGGUCGGAUUAUGAUGUAAAGCUCGAGCCCAUUCAAAGUUGUGUUUCCACAGAGAACCCGCCGAAAUACGAAGUUGUGACCGCUGGAGAGUAUGUGAAGUCGCGUUUGGAAGCUUCAUUCAACCACUCGAAAUGAAAGGAUAGGUCAAGGCAUAUCUCAGCUCGAUCCCAUAAAUUUGACUCUGGUGACACGUUUACCCCUCAUAAACUGAUCUCGUAUCAAAGUCGAAUACAUCUAUUCGUACAACAUUUGUUAUUUCACUUCACUCUUGAGCAACCAAUAUAACACUCUUCCCAGUAUUCGUUCCUUUCUGGACAGCCAAUAUCGCUUCCCCAGCACGUUCCAGCCCUUGUGUGAUGUCUUCCUUAUACUUGAUCUCGCCACUCGCAAGCUUCCUAGGAAUCUCCUCAUAGAAAGCGGCGCUGUAUUUCUCACGUAACAUCGUCACGAUAAAUCCGUAUAUUUUGAGUGAUUUGACAAUGAUUUGAUAGGUGUUCUUGAUAGGGUAUGGUUGAGCGCCAUUGUAUUCCGAGAUCAUGCCACAUUCGAUCAGUCGUGCCCCAACCGAAGCUGCAUUUAUAGCCGCUUCAAAAGUUGCUCCUCCGACGUUAUCCCAGUAUACAUCAAUGGGUCCCUCUUUCUCCAAAACCUCGACAGUGCUGGUCGUCUUGUAAUUGAAAGCCACAUCUGCCCCCAGUUCUUUCAUGAACUUGACCUUCUCGUCUGAACCCGCGGACGCAAUGACUUUGAGUCCGUCAAUCUUUGCUAGUUGAAUGACGAGUGAUCCAACAGGGCCUCCACCCGUAGUCACAAAUACUGUUUCGCCCUUCUUCGCGCUGGCAUAUUCCUUCCAAGCAUCAUAUGCUGUUUACCAGGCAUGCCUGCUGCACCAACGUACACAGACCAUGGUAGCUUCUCUUUGUUCUUCAAAAUCAAAAAAUCUUCUGCGUUA